GUGCGUCUUGUUUGACCCUGGUGAUUUUAUUUUAUAUAAUUUUAUAACCCUGUAUCUUAGUGUCCGGGCGGUCUGUGCUUGUGUUUUUUUUUUGCCCGAAUUGGAUUAUCACUAUUACUUUUGAUACGACACCGGGAUGACUUCAACGUAAUGCCAAUUAUCUGUGCCAAAAUGGAAUACUCAAAAGAGCGGUGAACUAUUAAAUUUCGAAACGUUCACAUGAACGAAAAAUAUUUUUUAAAAGUAUCAAUGGUACGGUGAAAAUAGUAGAAUAAAAUGCAGCGGCGACGUUGGAGAUUUGCGACAAUCGUUGCUUUCCUGCUUUUCGCAACAAAAGACACGCAGUGUCAAGAUGAAAACGACUUUUAUUACACACCAGAAAGAAGUUUUGCUCAAGUUCAACCGCCUAUAUAUCCGAACAAUCGACCAGCAACUUCAUUCUUUGAGAAUGGCGAUAGUUACAGAGUAGCACCUACAGCACCACAGCCACUGUUCAAUGAUGGACGUGUUAGAUUUCCGAUCCCAAACUAUGAUCAAAAUCCAUCACCUUUUCAAUUACCGACAGGCAGAAGCCAGUCUGGUUCACAAUAUUACAUUAAUCAACCAGAAUUUACGACACCUCAGCGGCAAAGGUUUAGACCCGCUUUGCCUUAUAACUUUCAACUUGUUCAUCCUGCUUCUACCAAACGACCAGAUGUUUCGCAAAUUCAUUCUGUUGCUUACCAAAAUGAUCCAUCAAAACCAGAGACAUUUUUAGGACAAAUAACAAUAAAUAAUCCUGAUAUAGAUUACCUUCAAAAUAACAGAUAUAAAAAUAUACCAUUCGAUGGUAACAGCCUUAAGAGCAACGGACAAAGCGGACAUAUUGCACAUGAUGACGAAAUUGAUAAUGAGGAUCAAGACUUAUUUGAUCACCAUAAAGUUACAACAUACAACCCUACCAAGCUGGCAGGCAGGCAAAAAAUUAACAUUAAACCAAGUAAUUCUAGGUUUUCCCACUUCGAACCUCCUUCUACAGAUGUGAAAAAAGUGUCUUCGAACGUACCCAUACAUAAAUACAGUAUUAAUAAUGACUUUAAACCAAUAAAAAAUAAUCCAAAUGUCUAUCAAAUUGCUUCAACGGAAUACAAAACACUUCUGGAUUUAGAACCUCUUCUUGAAGAUGAUAUCAGCGACAUAAGUUCUUUUAGAGAGUUGAUGAAAAAUAAUCAAGCGUCUUAUGAUGUAGAAGUAAUUAAAUCAAACAACACUUCAGAAAAUGACGAUAACAAACCAGAUGCAAGUUCAAUGAAUACAGAUAAUAUACCAAAUGACUCUCACAUGUUAAUGUCAUUAGAAUCUUCAACAAAAUCAACAUCUACUACAACCACUCCGACGACUACAAUGUCAAGAGACAGUGAAGAAGAUAAUACUCAAGAAGAAGAUCUUAGUGAUGGCGGAGGAGAAGAAGAAGAGGAGGAAUAUGUUGAAUACUAUGAUGAUGAUGAAACUGAGGUAAAACAUACCACGACCUCAAAACCUGUAAAAACAAGUGAAGAACCAGUUACUGAUAUUUAUGACGAUUAUGAUGCAACUGAAGAGUCAGAGAAAGAAUCUGAGGCAGUUAUGAAAAUAAAUGCUACGAAAACUUUUGAUGUUUUAGUUAUGAAACCUAAUAAAACAAUGGUAAAAGACGAUAACUUCAAACAAUUUACUGAUACAACUGUAAUAGAUCAACCAGACAAUGGGAACGAUAAUGACACUACGGCGCCUAGUUUGAAAUUCACAUUUUCCAAAGAAGAUGUUUCAUCAAUUGAAACACCAUCGAUUUUAGGUCAAGAAGUUGUCUCUGUUGUAACUACUAAAAGUGUUGUAAAUGGUACCAUAUCAGUACCUGAUUUUACUUAUCCACCUACACAAAAAUCACCAAUAACUGUUGCAACAAAUAAUGAGACUGGUGACUCAUUUCCAGUAACAACAGAAAAUUGGAUUGUUGUUGCUUCUGUCCAAACGAGUAGAAGUGUUUCGGGAGCUCGCUUCUUACCUUUUCCGACAGUAGAACAAGAUGAAAAGAAACAAGUAUUAACGGAGGAUGAAGAUGAUUAUAUUACUGAAAAUCCAAAGUAUCUGUCAAAUAGUAUGAUAAAUAGCUCGUCAUCAACUGAAAAUAUUAACGAUAAAUUAGAUAGCAUACAAUCAGAGUUAUCUAGUGCAGUAUUAUCUGGAAACUUGAAUAAUGAAGAUAAAAAUAUAGAGUUGAUAACAGAAACAACAACGGAACCAACGGCAAAGCUAGUUAAAGCUUCUACUUCUACUACGACUAGUACUACUACUACUACUACGACCACAACUCCUGCAUCGCUAAAUGUAUUUACUUUAAAGAGUACACAAUUUACCGUGGGUACAGAAAAAUCUUCUCCAGAUCCAUUACCAGUGCAAAUUAAAAAGUUUGCUCCACGUAUGACUAGUUCAACUACACAAAAACCCAAGAAAAAGUUAGUUACAGUAAUGGAUGAUCUCUCAGGUUUACUUCCAGCGGGAUACAAACCAAGACAAUCUUUCAAAGAUAAACGUACCAGUACCACAACUACAUCCACCACAACAACGAAACCUUUAAUUAGUAGUACCAUCACUGUUCCAGUAAUAACUUCUGUACCUAAAAUAAUUAAUGGCACGCAAGGCCGUUCUUCUGGGAUAAGUUCUAAAAACAAAGUCAUAAUAUUAGAUGGGAAAUCCUUACUUCCCAAAGAAUAUAAACCUAAAGAAAGAACACAAGAGGAUCUAUUUAAAAAAAUUCAAAAAGAUGACAUUAGUAAAUUUUUACCACCAGGAUUUAAGCCUGAAGGAAUAGAAACUGAUAAUACUGAAGAUAAGGAAAAGGAAGACAUUUCGAUAAACGCUGAAAAAGUCGAUGUAUCAGCGUUCUUACCAAAAGGUUUUAAACUUGAUACCUCGACUACGACUACUACAACAACAACAGAAAAAGCUAAUACUAUAACAAAUAUACCAGUGAAAGCAGUACCAGUUGAUAUUUCAGCCUUGUUACCACCCGGAUAUAAUCUCAACAGUAGUGAAACAGUUGCAAAUGAAUCUACGUUACCUAAGAUAAUAUUCGCAGAUGUCACAAAUCUACUACCUCCUGGGUUUAAUUUGAAUAAUUCAGAAGAUUCUACACCUUCUACUACAACAACUACGUCUCCUACAUCUCCUGGCAGUAUUAAAUUAGUCUUCCCAUCAAGACCAGGAAAAACAAACCGAAAAACUACAACUCAAAAAUUCAGCGUAGGUCCAGAACCGGUUACUCCAAAAAUUCAAAAGGGCUGGCCCACUCGAGCUUCGACUGAAUUCACCGGUUGGCCAUCACCAUCAACAACACCUUUCUCAAUUGAACGAUUACUCGAAAUGCAAAGAAAUGCUUCUACGACACCACAAAUAGAAAUAAGCACCGAAUCAACGACAAGACGACUGAUAACCACGACUACAACGACCCCGGCACCUCCGCAACCAACUACUCCUGGAAUAUGUCGACACGAAUGCGACAUAGCAGCAACUAUUAAAAUUGUGUCAGGAGUAAAAUGGGUGCCUGAAUUUUUGGAUCAACAUACAAAAGAAUGGCAGAAAUUAGCCAAAGAGGUGAAAGAGGAGCUCAAUUCCGUUUACUCAAAAUCUGAUCUGCUAAGCAAAUGGUACAAAGGCAUUCGCAUAGAUGGAUUCAGUCAAGGUUCAGUUCUCGUCGACUACUUUAUCGAACUAAAUAAUGUGGAAAGAAUUGAUACAGUACAGCUGAAGAAAUUCUUUCACAAAUCCCUUCAAGAAGCUAAAGCUGGUUCUGUGAUUGAAGAGGAGCAGGACGAUACUUUCGAUCCUGAUAAAUCGGCUGGAAAAUUAGAAAUGGGAAAAUUUGUAAUGGAUCCGGCAUACACAGAAUUUAUUGUUUUGCCAAAACGCGGAGAGCCUACAAUUGUCAUUCCUGAUGAGGAGAGUCUUCUGCCGCAAUGGGGUAUAGCUGUAAUUGUUAUAGCUCUGGCAUCACUUCUUUUCGUCGUUAUAUUUGGUGUUACUGUGCUUGUCAAUCGUCAAAAAAGUACCAAAACGAAGCAACCUAUUCCUCUUAGUGAAGACAUGUUACGAGAACUUGAUAAGAGCCAUAUGGGUGGAUUUGAUGACAUGCAUCAAUUAAAAGAGCGAGAUUUACCAUAUAUACCUUCUGGAAAGCGAAUGUCAACAGCUUUCAUAGAACAACUUGCUUAUCCCAAUCCUGGCGAUUCUUGGCGUUCAGAAUGGACUCCACAGUUACAAAAACAUAUGCAACAUUAUACACCAGAUUCUGGUCGUGGAUCGCAGCUUUAUGGCACCACCGGCAAUGGUUAUGGAGGAUCGCAGCUUUACGGGCAAACGGGCGCCGGAUCACAAGUAUAUGGUUACACAGGAGAGUUCCCUCGUUCGCACUAUUCACGACGCCGCUCCGACUACGAUAGCAACUUUUAG